CAAUUUAAAGUUUUGAAACGUCAAAAUCGGAAACGUCAGUUUCAUAUUGUAAGUAAAGGGUGGGGUGUCGCUGUGAUUUUUGAAGAAAUUAUUUAUAUUUUAAGAUGGGAUUUGAUGACGGACAGAUAAUUUUAGACAGUGAUAAUGGAGCUUACUUUGCCGGUCAAACGGUUUUCGGGCGUUUGGUUUUCUCCCAGGGUAAAGUGAAAACUAUUCAUGGUAUCUUCGUGGAUAUAAAGGGCUUCUGCAAAGUCCACUGGACCACAUCCCACACUCGCAGAGUAAACGAUCGUACGGAAACCUAUACAGUGAGCCAUGAUUCCCAUGAAGAAUAUUUCAGGAGGAAAACCUUUUUGUUUGGCGGUGAAAGCGGUGACCACCACCUCCAACCGGGCAACCAUGAGUUCAGGUUUGACUGUCCCAUCCCGGUCAACGUGCCGUCAUCGUUCGAAGGCUCGCACGGUCACAUCAGAUACCGUAUCAAGGUGAAGAUGCUCACAACUGGCAUCUUCUCGUCCAAUAAGGAAAAGAUGGUCCCUAUUAGGGUACAUGCGCCACUGGAUCUGAAUUUGAAUCCUUAUUGUAAGGAGCCGAUAGAAUACGAGUUGUCCAGCACUUACUGCUGCUGGUGCGUGAGCGCGGGCUCCUCGCAGGUGAUGGUGCGUCUGCCAGUGGGGGGGUACUGCCCCGGCCAGGUCAUACCCAUGGAGGUGGCCUGCAAGAACGACAGCAACGUCGAGAUCGAUGAAAUUAAAUUCGCUAUUAAAAAGGACGUGACAUACAUGGCGGAAUGCGAGCCUGGCACCCGUAACGACCACGACACGGUCGCAGAGAUCAAGAAGGGACCUAUCCCUGGACACACUACACGCAACUGGACCGUAGACUUCGAGGUGCCAGCCAUGGACAUAUACAACGUCAAUGCCAGCCGGUUCAUUGACAUUAAUUAUCAUUUUAAGGUGUCCACCGAAGUCGGCGGCUGUCAUGAGGGUACAGAGGAAACCCAUCCUAUUAUAUUUGGCACCAUCCCCUUAGUGGGCUUCCAAGAUAAUAUACAGAACCCUCUUCACGAUCAAAUGCCAGUUCAGGGAGGCAAUACGUACCCUCCCCCACCAAUCAUAAAUCAACCGCUAUCCAGCUCGCCAUACCCUAAUAACAAUGCUUACCCCAAUAAUACGCCUUACCCAGGCGGUGCCCCCGGUUACCCGACCACUCCAAAUAUGGGCAGAACUUCGCCUUAUCCUCAAGGAAAUCAGUCUUUCCCCAACGUUUCUCCUUACCCACCGAACCAGCCUUAUCCCGGCGGAAAUUCGCCUUACCCUGGCGCAAAUCCCCCUCCACCUGGAACUUCGCCUUACCCUGGCGCAAAUCCCCCUCCCCCUGGCACUUCGCCUUACCCUCAAGGAAAUUCGCCAUACUCUCAAGGUAAUUCGCCAUACCCUGGUGGUAAUCCGCCUUACCCUGUUGGUAAUUCUCCUUACCCUACGAAUACGCCGUACUCUACGGAUAAUCCUUCUCAUGGGGCAAGUCCCGUACCUCCGUACCCUGGCGUGGGGCAGAGUCCCGCGCCUCCUUAUCCUGCUGUGACGACAACUACUACGUUGAAGACGGGUAACUUCGGCUUCAUAGCUGGAGGGGAUGCUGAGGCCAGCGUGCCACUGUUACCGCCAGGGGCCAAUGUACCUUACCCCGCUAGUCCCCCGACGAACCCGUACGCCACCGCUUCCGCGCCUGUGCCGUCCACACCCGGCACCGACGAGAAAAAGCCUCCGUUAGAUAACACCCCGGACGCUAACUCAAGCUCUCCGCCUUACAAUCCGGAUUACAUGAAGAAUAGCGAGAAAAAAGACGAGAAAACUAAUUAAUACUACUACCUCAAAUAUUAAAUGUCUUAUUCCUAAUAAAAUCGUUCGCGUAAGAAACAAUCUUCCAAAAAGAUUAUCGAAUUGACAGACUUGUUCAUUUGUGUUUUCUGUCAAACUUGCAAGAAUUGUAAAAUGGAAAACGGGUAACGAUUGGUAUUAUGAAUGAGACAGUAUAAUAAAUAACAUACGUAUUAACACCUCAGUCGUAACUGCAUUUACAAGUCGCCAACCAUCUAUAUAAGUACGAAGAAAAGUUGGCAAAAAAAUGCUUGAGAAAAGGCUCUGAAAGGCUGGACCGAUUUCAGAAAUUAAAUAAGUAAAGAUUAAGCAGAUGUGUAUGUGAAAAGUGGCAUAGUAUGAUAGCGACUCUACAUUUAUUACUAAGUGAUUUCACUUAAUUAAAAAUUGUUUGAAGCAUUUAUUUUUCUAACGUAAUAUUACAAGCAAAUUAACGACCUCUGAUGUGUUUAUAAGAUAGAAUGAUAUGAUCUCGAUUGGUUUAAGUUUUGGAGGGUAGGCAGCUAUUGUUUCAAAAACAUGCUAUGUUCGUGUCAUCUCAAUGCAACGUAAGCCUACCUAGGAUUGAAAGGAUGAUAAAUUAAGUAAUAUUUAAAUUAUGAUAGGAAACGCAACAAUCACAAUUACAUACUUUUACAUCACAUUUAUACCCCAAGAAAAGGGAACUCUUAUUGAUUACAAGUCAUGGAUAAAAUUGCAAAAAUGAGUAGGCAAGCAUACGUGUAGAAUUAAAUUGUCUUCCUUCAUACUCUGUCUAGAGACUGGUCAAUGCUAAUAAGGUGCUGAAAAUUUGGUCUAUGAAAUAUAAGAUUUGUCAAACAAGCACUUCCCAGUGUUGCCAAUUAUAUGAAACAUCUACCUCUUAAAUACUUAAAUAAGAACCGUCUUAAUGUGCCUAAUACUUAAAAUUACAAAUACAGUGAAUUCUUCUACUCGCCUUAAAGUUUUUAUAUGUAGUUCAGAUAUUUACUCGUCGUUUUUAAAGAUUAUUAUAUUUCUUAGGUUAAGAAUAAAGUCAAUGUUUAGGCUUUCAUAAUAAUAAGAGCUUUUAUAUUUUAUUUUAUUGAAUUUUGAUGAUUGAUAUAUUUUUACAAUUUUGAUAUUUUUGCAGCAUUUCAUAUAUUAUGUCGUUAGUAAUAAGCACAAUGUUAUAUUCAUGUUAUAAAUUAUAUUAUAUAAUUAUAAGUACAUACAGACAUAUAGGUGAGUUUUUGAGCAGCUAUUUCGAAUAAAACCACCUGUAGUCUAUCUGUUUACUUACAUGUGUUACCUAAAAUUUAUAUUUUUGAAGAGUAUUUUCAAUAUAUUUGUCUUUAGUAUUCUUUUCUUUCUUCAUAGUCUUGUUAUGGUGCUUCUAUUGAAUAGAAUAAGGUUCUUUAAUUUCGUUAAAUCUAUUUUGUACAUUUUUUACCUCUUUAUGACUUCGCAACUAUUUUCUCAAUUUUUCAAGUUAAACGUUUAGAAUGGUAGGUACAAUUGUUACGUAUAUUUAUGUAUAAUGCCUAGUCAGUAGAAAAAAUAAUUGUAAAACGUCUUCUAACCGGGAUGUGCCUUUGUUUAUUAUAUUUAAUUAAGAAAAAUGCAUUUAUUGAUAACUUUUCGAUUUUGGAUGAAAUCCUGGUCGUAAUAAGUGUUCCUGUAAGCCUUAAUUCUGUACAAAUAAGAUAAAUGUAAUUUAACGACAAUAUUCAAGUAAAAAAGUACAAACAUGCCUUAUACAGUUUUCUGUGCAGUUGUAACAAACUCGAAUAUUUUGUUAUGAUUCUUUUGACUUUUGAAAUAAAGACGUGCUAUGAUUAA